CUCAGACGGUCGCUCGAUUUUUGUUUUCUUGGUUUUUCGUAUUGUUUUUGGCGAGGAUCAAAGGCUCAUAUUUCAUUUGUCCAGGCGACCACCACCACACUCGAUCCACCAUGAAGGCGACGCUCAUCCUCGCUGCUUCGAUCCACGCCGCUGCCGCGUUUGAUUUCUACCUCCUCGCGCAAACGUGGCAGCCAGCUUUCUGCUCGACCGGCAACUUCCCCGGCUGCGACCAGCCGACGGACUUUAUGACCAACCACUUGACGAUCCACGGUCUCUGGCCCGAAAACACUGAUGGCUCGUACCCGUCCAACUGCGACCCAUCCAGCGCGCUCUCGCAAGACACGAUUGAUGCGAUUGGUAUGGACGCCAUCAACCAGUACUGGCCCGACGUCAAGACCAACUACGGCACGGACUUUAUCUCGAACGAGUGGGCCAAGCACGGAACGUGCAGCGGCCUCGGCCAGCUCGACUAUGUCCAAGCGGUGAUCGCCACGGAAAAGAAAAUUGGGACGUCGACCAUGAUUUCGGGCAACGCCGGCAAAUCCGUGGCCGCGAGCGCGAUCCGCACGGCGUACGGCCAGAACAUGGUGUCGCUCGUCUGCAAGAACAGCGUGCUCUCCGAAGUGCGCACGUGCUGGAGCGUCAACACCAAGACGGGCGGCGUCGGCAGCCAAAUCGCAUGCCCGAGCGCGAUUCUCAACCAGGACACGUGCAGCCGCAAGAACGGCAAGGUCAUUACGAUCCCGAGCUUCUAGACGCUCGAGUGUUGAGAGCAUCGUCUCUGCUUUGGUAGUGUCGACAAUAUGUACUACACUUUUUGUAACUGUUGUACACAAUGAUAUUCUGUGAGACCAAAUAUAUGUCGACGAUGAAUUUUGCCAGA